GGGCACCUGCUGACCUGCACGGCUCGGCUCACGGGCUCACGGCUGCCCACCUUCCUCUUUCUUCCCGCCCUUGUCUCCUCCCACCACGGCGUGAUUCCUAACAGGACUGGCCGCCUGCACAAAACCCUAGCCAACCGCCCCAGCCCUACUCUGUCCUCCCUUCGUCCAUCCCCACCUCGCAUGCUCGUAUCCCUCCUCCCCCGAAACCCCAGCUCCUUUCUCCUCCCCGCCGCCGUUCGCUUCGCCCGCGCUUCAAUGUCGGCCUCGCCGGCGGCGUCGGCCGGCAAGGUGACCGUGUCCGUCGAGUACGCCAAGUCCGGCCGUUCCUCCUGCAAGGGCUGCAGCGCGAGCAUCGCCAAGGGCGCGCUCCGCCUCGGCGCCUCUGCCCGCGACCCCCGUGGAUACGACAGCACCAAGUGGUACCACGUCGCCUGCUUCCCCGCCUCGUCACACCCGCUUGGACCCGUCGAGAAGGUCGAGGGGUUCGAGUCCAUCAAGGACGACGAUCGCGAGCAGUUGCGAGAGCUUGAGAAGAACAAUAAAAGAGACCAGACUGCAAUCAGUCCAUUGGAAGUUCCAAGCCCAAAGAAAGCAAAGGCCCAUCUAUCUUCACCUGAAGCUGGGGUGGAAGAAAAUGCAAGUGUCUCUGUUGAGUAUGCAAAGUCUGCCCGCUCCACCUGCAAGGGCUGCAGCGUGAGCAUCGCCAAGGGCGUACUCCGCCUUGGUGUUUCAGUCCGUGAUCCCCGUGGCUUCGACAGCACCAAGUGGUACCAUGUCACCUGCUUCCCCACAUCAUCACAUCCGCUUGGCCCCAUUGAGAAGGUCAAGGGGUUUGACUCCAUUAAGGAUGAUGACCGUGAGUUGUUGCGUGAGCUAGAGAAGGAUAAUAAGAGAGAAGAGGACACAGUCGGUCCACAGGAAGUGCCAAGCCCAAAGAAAGCAAAUGCCCUUAUAUCCUCACCUAAAGUGGAAGUGGCAGAAAAGUUAAGAAAGGUUACGCCAUCCACAGGGAACAAAAGAAUCAGUCCAUUGAUACACUUUUCGGCUUCUGAUAUCAAGAAAACAUACAAGGAUGCUACCCUUCCCACUCAUUGGAAGGUUUUUGACACUGUUAUUUUCCGUGAGCAGGAUGAGGGACUUCAUGCUUCAGCUAAGAUUGCUGCAUUUGAUUUCGACGGGUGUCUUGCCAAAACCUCAGUGAAGAGCAUUGGUGCAGACAAGUGGUCUUUACAGCAUAAUUCAAUUCCAGACAAGUUGCAAAGGCUGUACAAUGAUGGUUACAAGUUGGUCAUAUUCACCAAUGAGUCAAACAUUGAGCGCUGGAAGAAUAAGCGGCAGCAAGCUGUUGACUCCAAAGUUGGACGUCUGGACAACUUUAUUGAAUGUGUUAAAGUCCCUAUUCAGGUUUUCAUUGCAUGUGGUAUCGGGAAAGGAAAAGGCACACCAGACGAUCCAUUUCGCAAACCAAAUCCUGGAAUGUGGUGGUUGAUGACAGAGCAUUUCAAUUCUGGAAUUGCCAUCGACAUGGAUCAAUCUUUCUAUGUCGGUGAUGCUGCUGGGAGAGAAAACGAUCAUAGUGAUGCAGAUAUAGAAUUUGCUAAGGCUAUCGAUCUGAAGUUCCAUGUUCCUGAAGAGUACUUCGGUCCCUAGGUUUUCAAUGUGGCCAGGUACAUUAGGUGGCAAAUAAGAUGGUUUACCAAUUACCAUAGGCUGGUGUCUCAAGUUCGGGACCGAGAACACCACCGUUAUUGUGACAUGAAAAUGUAGCACAAAAUCUCUGUUUAAACUGGCUAUUAAUGUUUCCCAGAAUGCACCGUUUGCACAGUUCCUAUCUUCCGACGGAAGAUCCCGUGUAGUCCUGUUUGCUGUACCAGGGAUGGAACUUGCCUUUCUGUAGCUUGUGAGACAACCGUCGUUUGAUCUAAGUAUUAUACGGAGUAGAUGUAUC